AUGGUGAAGUUGUUCGUGGGUGGAUUGCCGGAUGGUGUGGAUUCGAUGCGCCUUCGGCAGCUUUUUUCGCAGUUUGUGGUUGUCAACGAGUGCGAUGUGAUCAAGGACUACGCAUUUGUUUGCCGUCUGAUCUGCGCGUCUUCAGCAUUUUCCCGGCCACUCUCAGUGCCGCCGCUCAUAAAAUUGCUUCUUUCUGGCAGGUCAACAUCGAAGUUACGGAAGGAGCCUGGCAUGGACAAGCGUUGCUUUCGUUGUGGCGCAGUGGAUCACAAAACUCCACAGUGCCUGGUUGAUCCUGCAAAUGCGAACCUGAAACGCGCAGCCACUACGACUACAGCUGGUGCUGGACCGGAACAAAAGCGCUUUGCUAGCGAUGCAGUCGGUGGUUCGCCAUCGAAUACAGCGACGCUCGAUAGCAGUGGCACACUUGCUUAUCCAAACGGUGCUCGGACGGCAGCAGAUGCAGAUCCUGAACUGCCACGACCGCUAGACGCUGACCUAUUUCAACUGUACGAGCAGUACAUCGAGUCACGAACGAAGUAUUUCUAUUUUCGGGACCGGUUAUCGAAGGAAGUGAAAGCGCGAACUCGUUCAGCCCCUUCUAUAGCAGCGUCAGCAGUGGCCCAAGCUCCAUACACCACAAGCGUUAUGUACAGUACACCUCCGCCAUCCAGUCAGCACUAUACAAAGCAACAGUUCUGUCGAGCAUUGUUUUUUUUUUCUUUCGAUCACUUCUUUCAGUUACUGGUUAUUUCUCCUUUAACUCAGAAGACGAAUGUGGUGGGACAGAGCAGCACGGUAACGCCGGUCACAACAGCAUCCGCACCGACAACGUAUCAAACUUCGUCCACAUCGGGCGCACUACAUUUCUAUGCAAAUGCAGUUAGUACUGGUGCGACUGCUGCUGCUGCGGCCAGAGGAGGAAUUUAUUCCACAGUUGCACCACAGCCAACUCAUCUCUACUGA